AGUUUAACAUUGGAGUUAGUGGGCAGAUAACAGAAUCUGCAGACCUGAGCACUAGCAAGAGUUGGAGGUUACUGAGAACAAAUGAGAUAAGUGUCUUAGGAGGAAAGACAUUCAAUCAAUCUUUAUUAAUGCUUAAGCCAAAGGCCAUUCGCAUGAUAAAAUAUAUAAAAUAUAAACAUUCUGUUUGCUUCCUCCCAAGCAUUAAAAAUGUCUCAAGGCAGAUGCCCCUUGAGGAAAGAAGCCUGUGGUCUUGUCUGAUGAUCUGAGUUAUGCCUGCAAUCCAGCAGUCCCAUUGGUCCACACUAAUCUGUGCCCAGCCUGUGGAAGAGCCUAAGGCCUGACUACAGAGGAUGACUUUGAACCUGAGGAGGAAGCGGGUUGAUGGGAAACUCACCUGCCUCAUCCUUUAUGGGUAGCUUCCUGAGCAGCAGCUUGGGAUCAGCGGCACCUCCACAUCCCACAGGCCCUGUGUCAUCUCCAUCAGAACCAGCCUUCCGUGGUCCCCACUCGGGCACCUCCCAGAUUUGGUUCUCACACUCCCAUGAAGGUAAAGAGGCUCAGUGGAAGAAGACUCAUAUUGUCUCGGUGGGCAUGCAGUUGCCAGAUGUACAGGAUAUCCUCAGGAAAGAGGAGCCCGUGCUCUACAAGUUCUUUGAGGCUCCAGGUUACCCAAGGUUCUCUGGGAGCUUAGCAUCCACUUUUCUUCCUAUGAGCCACUUGGAUCACCAUGGAAACAGCAAUGUCCUAUAUGGCCAGCACCGUUUCUAUGAAACCCAGAAAGACAAUUUCUAUUUGCGGAACCUCCCAGCUCAGCCUACCCUGUUGUCAGCCAACCACAACUUCCCCAGCAUUGCCCGGGCAGCACCUGGCCACCCAAUUGGAUCCUGCAGCCGGGACCGUGAGGCUGGCCAUGGACAAAAGUGCCACAAGGACUAUGAGCGCUUUGUGUUAUCAAAAGACAAAGGGGCCAAAGGAGAGGGCAAGGAGCGGGCAGCAGAUGAUGAGGCUAAGGAGAGGCACAAACUGGUGAUGCCGAUGACCUCAGAAGGGAACUGCAAGGAGGGUGCUCCUCAGCGAGGAGGUUCUUGUGACAGCCGACCCAAGCACCUGCCCUCCUGUCUGCUAAGCUCCAAGGUAUUGAAUGGUGACUCAGGCAAAGCUGUUCUCCCCAGCUGUGGUGGAGGCAUCCUGCCACGCCAUGCAGGGGCCCAGAGCCGCUGUGCCAAGGAACUUGGACACCAUGAGCCUCCCCAGUCCUACAGUGAGUGCCUGGAGCGAAGACAGAUGCUGCACCACUCGGUUUCCUACACUGUCCCAUCUAGUCUGCCCACUGGGCCCCCAGCCCUGAGCACAACGACUGGCAGUUUCCCCUGCCUGCAGCUUCAUUCCAGUCCAGAUGGGUUGUGCCCUCUGCAGGAUAAAGCCGGCCGGGAGCUACGCAUCAGUGGGGCCACCUUUGUGCCUUCUGUAGGCCACUUGACUGACAAGAGCCGCUCCUUCCAGGUGCCCUCUGAGCCCUGUGAGGGCAAGGAGCGCCCCCACGAUGUGGGCCAAGAGCACCCACCCUCCUAUGGAAACCACCCGUUCUCUCACCUCAAAGCAGAGGGCAAGGCUGAACGGCGGCUGGAAUGGCCACAGAAUUCCAACACUCGCCUCAAAGGCCUGGAGUACCUGAACAACACUGGGUCAGACGGCCAUUUUGGUAGCUUGCCCCAUCAACCUAAGAGUGGGCACUUUGAGAUGGUGCCACCUCAGGACUGUGCCCGCCCCAGCCCUCAAGAGACACUGUGUAAACUCAGCCAGUCCUGCUGCACUUUAGACAAGGCCCCCAAGGAGCCGCCAACGCCCAGCACCCAGAAAGUGGCUCGCAUUCGCCACCAGCAGCACUUGCAGACGGACAUGGAACAGACAGGUGCCCACACAGAGUCAAAGCGCAAAUCAAUGGAGCUCAGCUCUCUAGGCUACAACGGACCACCACACUUGCCCCCGUGGCCAGUGCAGGGCCAGGGGCCCCCUUUGUCUAUGGCAGAGGAAAGGAAAGGUGCCUACCUGGACCCUUUUAGCACCACCCUGCAGCAGGCAGCACUCAUGACCCAGGGCUCAGUGCUCACCCAGGAAAUGCAGACUCCCCCCGAUGAGGUGUCAGCCAUGAAAAACCUGCUGAAAUACAGUAACCAAGCACUUAUUGUGGGCCAGAAAGCUCCUUUCGUGGGGCUGGGCAGCCUCAAGGGCAGCUGUGCCCACCAAGAUGGAGGCAAAUUCCUGGGAGCCAAAGGACAGCAGGAGCUGGAACGACCUGAUUGUGCCCGCAGUAGGGACCAUGAGCUGGGUCAUGGGGAUGGUGAGGUGCGCCAGCCUCCUGUGGGCAUUGCGGUGGCUGUAGCUCGUCAGAAGGACACCCUGAAUCGGCCUGAGCCAGCGUAUGGGUCCAGCUCCAGUCGGCAGGGCCGGGCUGCUAUGGGCCUCAAAGCUGGUGCAGCACGGCCUGUGCAUGUCAUCGACCUGGAUGCUGAAGAGGAGCGGAGCCGACUGUGUGAGGAGCGCCUAGGCCUCGCAGGGAGAGACCUUCUGCUCCAGGAUAACAAAGAUCUAGUGGAAUUUGCCCGCAUCCACCCAUCAAGCAGCUGCCCUGGGGACCUCACCCCUCACCUGAUGAUUGCAGGCAGUUCAUCAUUGCAGACCAGCCAGUUGGGAGGAGACCCAGCAGCUCACACCCAUCCAGCUCAUGCACACUGGUUGCCCCGGACACGCAGCCCUUCGAUCUGGAUGGGUGGACACUCAUACGGCAUCGGGCACCCUGCUCUGCAUCAAAACCUACCACCUGGCUUCCCAGCUUCUAUGCCUAGUGCCAUGCAACCAGUCUUCCCUCUGUCGCAAGAACCACCUGCACAGCUAGUCAUCCUACCAUCUGAACCUCCAACCCAUGGUGCCCCCCACACACUGGCAGCUGAGGUGAUGGAUCAGGCAUCAAUUUGGCCACCCAUGUAUCCUAGCCGUGGGCCUGGCUCUCACCUGCAGCAUACAGGGCAACUCCCUGUCUAUUCCCGCUCCCAGUUCCUGCGUCAGCAAGAACUCUAUGCCCUGCAGCAACAGCAGCAGCAGCAGCAACAACAACAACAACAGCGUGUAGCACAAGCCCUGGAAGUGCAGCAGCACUCACACAGCCAGAGGAAGCCUGAAGAGCCACCCCCAGAACUGGAGAUGCCUGGCCCUGAGAAGCCACUCAAACCAUCCCACAAAGCAGUUGCCUUAAAUGCUCCCCCAAAGGGCCUGUCACCAUCAGCUGCCUGCUCAGCCAAGCUCUCUCCAUGCUGCCACCCACCUAAAUGUCCUGCUCCCUGCACUUUACCUGUCUGUCCUGCUGUGGUGCCACGCUCACCUGCUGUAAGUCCAGUGCCCUCACAGAACUCCACGGGUCCUGAAAUGGAGGACAAGCAGCCUGAGGGGCAGCCAGCCCAGGACUACCCCAAAUCACUGGAACCAGAUCUUCCCCCUGGUUAUUCCUACCCUGUGGCUGGCUUGGGCUAUGCAUCGCCAUUACCCCUGGACCCAGCUGAUCCUGACACUAUGCAAACUGUCUCCACAGCAGCUGAGCCUGAACAGUCACGCACCUUCCCACCAGAGCAAGAGCCACGCCGCGAGACAGAAGCCAGCCCACCCAGUGGGGCUGGGGACAUUGAAGUAGAGCCCUCUCUCCCUCCCCCUCAUCUCCUUGUGCACCCCCAAAGGCCCAGCCCCACAAACUUGGCCAAGGAGACCCCUUAUUGCUCCCUGCUGGUCGGGGAUGGCCGAGAUGUCUUGGACUCUGCCUCACAAGAACAUCAGGAAGAUCCCAGAACAGAUGCUCCCCUUCCAGGGCCUUCCCCUGAGGUGAUGGCUGUGGAGGGGAGCCCGGUUGCAACACUGGAAGAUGGCUGCCAGGAGGAUGAGAGUGAUGCUGAUUCACCUGAUGCCUCCUCACCGCAGACUGACGUGCAGGUGGCGCCAUAUGGCCUGGAUGCCCUGAUAGCUGCCAGCAUUGACCUGGGCGAACUCCCAGCCCUGGAAUCUCCUCUUCCCUCUCCAUCUCCUGUGCCACUCCUCCCCUCGCCCUCUCCAUGGAGCUCAGGGAUUCCUGGCAUUGCCCUGCUCAGUGAACUGGCUGAACUGGAACUCCGUCGGCAGCACUGUGACACCACCCCGCAUGUGCUGGAUGAAGACUUGGCAGCAUUCAAUCUGCAAAGCUUGGCCACCCUUGCUGCUGCUUGGGCACUGGUUGAGGCUACUGGCCUGGAGAGCAGCCCGCCUGACCUCCUCAACUUAGCAGAAGCUGCACCAUGUGUGGAAUUGCGUCCUCGCACACAGGUCUCCCGUCGCAAAUACAACUGGACCCCUAAGACCAAACCUGUUUGUCCUUUGAAAGCUGCCAUUGAGAACUUGGACACACAGGAAGUAGAGAUGCGUAUGCGUCUAGCAGAACUGCAGCGGCGCUAUAAGGACAAACAGCGGGAACUGGCCAAACUGCAGAGGAGGCAUGACCAUGAGCGAGAUGAAAGCUCCCGGAGUCCAGCUCGACGGGGACCAGGGCGACCAAGAAAACGCAAGCACUCCAGCACACUCAGCUCAGUGCGACAGGGCUCCAUCAGCAAGAGUGACAACAGGAAGGUCAAGUCAGUAAAAGCCAGCUUAUCACUACUGUGUGCAGAGCUGAGGACUGACGGGGAGCCCAAGAAGAAGAAAAGGAAAAUAUCAGAGACAACCUAUGGUGGCCUCAAAAGCUCCCAGGAGAAAGUGCACUGCAAAAAGAGCAGCUCCCAAAGCAAACUGGCUUCCAAUGUGGUGCACAAGGUCUCCCAUCUCAAGCAGAAGGUCAAAAGCAAAGACUUGCCUACAGGCAUUGGCCCAUUUCGCCGGAAAGAGCUUACACAAGGUGUACAGAUCCAAAAGAAACUUUCUCAUCCCAAGAACUCCAAAGGCAUGUCUUCUGCCAAAUACCCACAACAGGACCUUGCUACCAUGGAGACCAAGCAAAGCACAGGGAAUCCUCAUGCAGAUGACAAUCGUCACAGAAACUAUGAAAGUGAUGGUGGUGGUGGUGGUGGUGAUGACUUGACCAGUGACACCAGCUCUUCCCUUCAUGUAACAGUCAGUCCUUCUGUAAUUGGCCCCUCUCCUUCCUCAGUAGUAAAAAUGGAAGCCAAUCAGAAGGCAAAGAAGAAAAAGGAAAGGCAAGGGUUAUUAGGGCCCUGCCGAAUCCCUAGUCCUGAGGGCCAAGUCAAAAUUAAGCAACGUCCAGUGAAGCCUGGUGUAGCAAGGCUGGAAAAGGUACCAGUGUGUCGACCAGGAUCAUGUGAGGUUUCUAGUAAGAAGAAGUUAAAGAACAAGGCCAAGGAGCUUCAUUGUGGGCCUGGGACAUCAACAACAAGUGAGGGACUCUUCUCUAGUAGCCAGGCCCGGUCAUUCACAGCUCGGGAUGAUGCAGGAAAACUCAGUAGUGAACGCCUCAAGAAAGCCACACGCAAGAGCAAAGUGCUGCAGUCAGCCCUCAGGAGAAAGAAUGGGGCAAUAGCACUCUCUCCCCGCAAUGCCAAGGCCAUCCUCAGCAAGGGCAAGAAAUUAUCCAAGGUGAAGAAUAAGGUGGUCAGCAAGCAGUGCAAAGGCCGAGCAGUCAGCCGGCUGAUGGAGAGCUUUGCCAUUGAGGAUCAGUUUGAAUUUGAUGAUAACAGCAGUUUCUCUGAAGAGGAGGAGAUGCCUCCCAUUGGUACAGAGCAAGACAUGACCCCUGCCCAGUCAUGCACCAUCCACAAGGAGGAUCUUCAGGAUGGGCUGCGGGUGCUCAUCCCCAAAGAGGAUAGCCUACUCUAUGCUGGUAGUGUGAAGAGUCUGCAGCCACCAGACAUCUACAGCAUUGUCAUUGAGGGAGAGCGAGGGAACCGACAGAGGAUCUAUUCCCAGGAGCAGCUGCUGCAGGAGGCGGUUCUAGAUGUGCAGCCACAGUCGAGUCGCAGUCUACCACCUGGCACUCGAGUCUGUGCUUACUGGAGUCAGAAGUCCCGCUGCCUCUACCCAGGGAAUGUUAUCCGAGGUUCCUCAAGUGACGAAGAGGAUGAUGCAGACUCAGUGCUGGUAGAAUUCGAUGAUGGGGACACAGGACAUAUUGCAGUGUCCAAUAUCCGCAUGUUGCCACCAGACUUCAAAAUCCAGUGCACAGAACCUUCUCCUGCUCUUUUAGUCUCAACUUCUUGCCGACGUAACAAGAGGUCUUCCAGUGAUGUUCCCCAUUCCAGUGAACCAGUACCAAGCCUCUGUGUUGAGGUGCCUGAAUCAACUAAAAGCACUGGAAAAAAGGCUACUAGCAAAGAAAAGCCUGGAAAAUCUGACAUGCUGCAUUCAAGUUCAAAAGCUCUGCUGGGAGAUCACUUUCUGGGCCGUCGUGCCAGCCCCCUGUUGAGUUGGUCAGCUGUGGCUCAGAACAAGCGCAAGGCAUCCAGCAAGAACACAGCUGUGAGGCAGAACCUCUUCCAGCUCAAUGGCAGCAGCAAAAAGCUGCGUGCCAAAGAAGUGCUAUUCCCUGUCCACAGUGUAGCUGCACCUAUCUUUGGCAAUGGCUUUGGAUCUGACUCGUUCAGCCGCAUUGCCAACUCCUACUCAGCUUUUGGAAGUGCUGGCCUGGUUUUGCCAUGUACCCAGAAGCUCUUGCGUGCCAAGAAGGCUGAGCGGCUAGAUGCUGAGAUGAGCAAGGGAGGGCGUCGGAAAGUGGGCGGUGAAUAUCUGGUCAAGCUGGAUCAUGAAGGUGUGACUUCACCCAAGAACAAAAACUGCAAGGCCUUGCUGAUGAGUGACAAGGAUUUUGGAUCACUGUCUGGCCAUGGCUACACUCACCCAGCCUUGGGAAUCAAAGAAAAGAAGAGUGCGUUGCCCAUGGGGUUGGCGUUACGCAAAUACACGGGUCAAACAGAGUACGGACUACACUGCGACAGUGAUUGUCACAGCUCUUACUCAGACAUGGAUGAAGAUGAGGUGGAUGAACUGAGGGGCAGCGUCCCCUCUCGCUUCCUGACACGCCUUUCUGUCUCUUCCUCUUCUUCUGGAUCAUCCACCUCCUCCAGCUCUGGCUCAGGCUCCACCUCCAGCCUUUGUUCUUCUGACAAUGAGGACUCGUCCUAUAGUUCUGAUUAUGAGGACCCCACAUUGCUUGUGCAGACCUGUCUCACACACCCCGUUCCAGCCCUGCUGGCUCAGUCCGAGGCCCUGCGUUCAAAGAGCAGUGCCCUGCAGAGGUGUUUUGGCACUGGUGCCAAGGGCAAGCUCAGGCGCAAGGAGGCCCUGAGCUUCUCUAAAGCCAAAGAGUUCUCCCGCCGGCAGAGGCUGCCCUCGGUGGAAAACCGGCCAAAGAUCUCUGCUUUCCUGCCAGCGCGCCAGCUCUGGAAAUGGUCUGGGAAUCCCACACAGCGUCGUGGCAUGAAGGGGAAAGCACGAAAAUUGUUCUACAAGGCAAUUGUACGGGGCAAGGAGACUCUGCGCAUUGGUGACUGUGCUGUUUUCCUGUCAGCGGGCCGACCCCAUCUGCCGUACAUUGGCCGUAUUGAGAGUAUGUGGGAAUCUUGGGGCAGCAACAUGGUUGUCAAAGUAAAAUGGUUCUACCAUCCUGAAGAGACCAAGUUAGGCAAGCGACACAAUGAUGGCAAGAAUGCACUGUACCAAUCAUGCCAUGAAGAUGAGAAUGAUGUCCAGACCAUCUCACACAAAUGCCAAGUGGUUGAGCGUGAACACUACGAACAGCUGACCCGCAGCAAAAAAUACCAGGACCGGCAAGACCUCUACUACCUGGCAGGGAGUUAUGACCCCACCACAGGCCGGCUUGUGACUGCAGAUGGUGUGCCCAUCCUGUGCUGAGACUGCGAGACACAGCCACUGCUCCAGGGCCAGAAAAUGGCUGGGGGUGGGUGGGAAGGAGGGCCAAGGGACAGUGGAAGGACUUCUCAUACCACUUCCUGAAAGUUGGUUGCAAGGCCCUGAAAUAUGCAAGGUGCCCAGCUUUGCCAUGCCCGGGGUUGCAGGCUGAUCCCGGCUCCCCACACGGCUCUGUACAGAUUUGAAUCCAAGCCAUACUUUCCCUAGUACCUCUGACUGUUUGCCACAGGCCAAACACAAAUCAGGUUACCGCUCUAUUUAUUUUGUGUGUAAAUAUUGUAUUUCUGAUGGGAAGUUUUAUGGAAAAGGAACAAACAAGACAAAAAGACAGGUGCGGGGGGGAGGGUUAUUUGAUGGUUUUUAUUUUGUGUACAAUGCACUGUUUUCCCUCCAGCUUAGCUGGAGGUGUGGACGCCAGGCAAGUGUGUAAAUAUAGAAGGGGGGCACUUGAAUGAUGUGGCAGCGCAGACUCCAAAGACUCCGCUGAGCUCACAGGACUUUGUAUUAUAGACUCAACUCGCCUCGCCUGUCCCCUCCUACCUUUUUUAUUAUUAUUAUUGUUAUUAUUAUUAUUGUUGUUGUUAUUAUUAUUAAUUAUUAUUAUUGUUAUUCUAAUGAUAAUUAUUCUGACAAUGUCUGCGGAUGUUAAUAUGCUCCUGUUAAAGAGAAGAUUAUAUAUAUUAUUAUAAAAUCAGGA